AUGGAUGAGACAGACAACAGACUCAUGAACGGACAUGCUGGUUACCGACAGCGAUACCUGAUGGGGACGGCAUCCACAAUGACAAAGAAGCUGCGGCAUCACUGUCCCCAUCUCCCUACGAAGAUUUACGAUAAAACAGAGAAACCAUGUCUCAUCUCCGAAUACACCGAGAACUACCCCCUCUAUCACUCUCACCUGCCCAGAGGGUCCUUCAAGCCCAAGCUGGAGUACCUGAAAGCGUCCGUGCCAAUGGAAGGCCUGAGCACAUCGAGGCGGCAUCACUGUCCCCAUCUCCCUACGAAGAUUUACGAUAAAACAGAGAAACCAUGUCUCAUCUCCGAAUACACCGAGAACUACCCCCUCUAUCACUCUCACCUGCCCAGAGGGUCCUUCAAGCCCAAGCUGGAGUACCUGAAAGCGUCCGUGCCAAUGGAAGGCCUGAGCACAUCGAGAAGAGAUUUUGGGCCUCACAAAGUGUUACCAGUGAAGAUCCACCAGCAUGACCAGUUCAUCCCAAGUGAAGAGAAUAUGGAUUUGCUCACAACCUAUAAGCAAGAUUACAACCCCUAUCCGGUCUGUCGAGUGGGCCCCAUAAAACCUCGGGACAGUAAAUAUCCAUGUGGUGACAAGAUGGAGUGUCUUCCUACUUAUAAAGGUGAUUAUUUACCCUGGAGCCAACCAAGACGAAAACUUCUUCGUCCAGAACACAGCUACCGGCCAGCAUCAACUAGGUUUGAUAGUAGAACCACACACCAGGAUGACUACUGCAUGAAGGGCGUAGUGAACACCAUGAGCUGCAAGCCUCCGGCUGUGCCCAAGCUCUGUAACAUCCCCCUGGAGGACCUGACUAACUACAAGAUGAGUUACGUGGCCCACCCUAUGGAAAAGCGCUUUGUGUAUGAGGCCGAGAAGUUCAAACCCUCUGAAAUCCCCUUUGAGAGCCUUACCACCCACAAAGAGUCCUACCGAGGCCUGAAGGGGGAGCUGACCAAGAGCUUGAAACCUUCAGCCAGGCCCUGUGUUCUAGACACGCCUUUCUCCAAUAGCACGGAAUUUCGAGAUAAGUACCAAGCUUGGCCAACACCCCAGAUAUUCUCCAAAGCUCCUGCCUCUUAUAUCCCUUCUGAAAAAAAGAUGGACUUUCUGACAACAGUACGAGCCCACUACACAUACCCUAAGGGUGUCCCAGCUCAGUCCUGCCGACCAGUGCUCUCAGUCAAGAAGGGCGGCCGCUUCGAGAGCUCUACCACCACCAAGGACGAUUACAAGCCAUGGGCCAGCAUGCGCAUGGAGCCACUCAAGCCUCUUCCCCAGCUGAACCUUGCCAAAGAACCCUUGGACUGCCUGACCACUGUGUGGGCCCACUAUGUGCCCCACCCACCCAUCCAUACCAAAAGCUGUAAGCCCCACUGGCCUGGCCCCCGAGGACAUACCCCCAUGGAAGGCCAGACCACAUACACCAUCAGCUUUACUCCCAAGGAAAUGGGCCGGUGCCUGGCUUUGUACCCUGAGCCCCCUGGUUACAUCUUUGAGGAAAUAGAUGCUUUGGGGCACAGGAUAUACAGGCCAGUUUCCCAGACAGGUUCCCGGCAAAGCAGCCAUCUUUUGGUAGGUGAAAACCAGAGGGAGUUGGCAGUGUCAGCCUGAUUUAAAAAAAAAUUGGUAUUUAGAAGUUGUAUAAUACUUUUAA